AUGAUAAUUCCCUCCAACAUCAUUUGGUUUGAUGACGAUGAUUGGUUAGGCUUAGAACUCUCUUUCCCGGCCGGCUCCACCUGGAGACUCACAAAGAAGAUCAAGGAGAGCGAGGACAUAUACUCCCAAAGUGAUCAUGAAGACGAUGUAGCUAUCUCCGAGGCUCGUGCGGUUUUUGUUGCUUCCAGAGGGCCUGGGGCGGCUCCAACGACAGCAGUACUCAAGGUUCAUAUGCAGAUACCGUGGUGGGGAAGCGCCACCAAAAGGCCACUCAGUCGGGCGCAGCAGGCUGUCUCGGAGACCUCCACAAGGGGCACGAGGGAAGUCGAAGCACUGACCCUCUUAACGAAAGCAGGUUGCUCUAGUACCCCACAUCUGAUCGACUGGAUGAAGAGGCAGCAAACUCAGGAUGAAUGGGUUCCGGGUGGAUACAUUCAUUUUAUUGUGAUGGAGAAGGUACCGGGUGUUGAUGUCUCCCUAAACUUUGACACACUGGACCGGAAAGAACGAGAUGAACUGAGAGCCGCUUUCAAGACAUCAUUUCUGUGA